GGGGACCUGGAUCAUGGCUGCCGCGCCGCCGCUACGGGACCGCCUGAGCUUUCUACACCGGCUGCUACUGGCCCCUUCGCCAGCGCCGACGCCCCUGAGCUGCCCGCCCGCCGCGCCGUCCCGGGGCCUUUCAAGCCGGACCCGCCGAGCGCAAGGGCGAUGGGCACAGCCAGACCCUGGGGGAACGAACAGACCUCGGCCAGCAUUCAGUGGCCUCCGACAGGAGGGAAGGAGCGGCGGACCCGGUGGACGUGGAGCCGCUGUGUCCGUGCAGCCGCUGUGUCCGUGCUGCUGGCGCCCAGGUGGGCUGGCAGCCCGCCGUCCUCCCUGACAGUGGCAUUUCAGAGGACUCCGGUCCUGGAGAGGCACCCCUGGGUUGCAGAGAACACAGACAUCUGGAAGGGACAGAGAAGGACGCACCAUUGUAAGCCCCUCUUAGUAAACCCUCUGAGAAGUAGAGGCCGGGGCGAGUUCCCAGGUGUCGUCCUGAGCAAACUGCCCUCUUUUGUCGGCCCUGAGCUUUCCUAGGCUGGACCUCAGAGGGGGCUGGGUGGUCCCAGGGCGCGACCUUGGGCUGCCAGAAGCCACGCUAGGGUUGGUCAAGGCUCUCAGUGCAAGAUUUGGACAGAGUCGUUCUGUGCUGCGUUCUGCAGUUGUCAGCUGUCGCCUGCAAACCUCACUAGUUCCCCUUAGGGCUUGGUGGGCAAAUAGUGUCAGUGACGUGUGUCCACAGCCUCGGGAAACACUUCAGGUCCACGUUUUCGUAUGUUGUCACUAGAUUUCGGCCCUUCCGACUGAAAGGCUUCGGCACCUCACGCGGUCGGUCCCAUGCUUGUCCUCUUAAAUACUCUUGAACUCUAUUCUGUCCUGAUACUGAAUAAUGCAACAAUGGGUGGUUCCAGUUUUCAUCCCUAUAAACCAUACAUCUUUGUGCCACUCCCGAUUCUCCUGAAGGGGACGUCGGAUGAUGAUGUCCCGUGUCCGGGCUACCUGUUUGAAGAGAUUGCUAAAAUCUCCCACGAGUCUCCGGGCAGCAGCCAGUGCCUGCUGGAGUACCUCCUGAGCCGCCUGCACAGCAGCUCCGGCCACGGGAAGCUCAAGGUGCUGAAGAUCCUGCUCUAUCUGUGCAGCCACGGCUCCUCCUCCUUCCUGCUCAUCCUCAAACGCAACUCUGCCUUCAUCCAGGAAGCUGCAGCUUUUGCGGGGCCCCCAGAUCCUCUGCACGGGAACAGCUUGUACCAGAAGGUUCGGGCAGCCGCGCAGGACUUGGGGAGCACCCUGUUCUCGGACACCGUGUUGCCACUGGCUCCCUCCCAGCCUCUGGGGACCCCGCCUGCCACAGGCAUGGGCUCCCAGGCCAGACCACACAGCACCCUCCAGGGUUUCGGCUACAGCAAGGAACACGGCUGCACGGGCUCGGCAGGCGAAGCCUUCCUCUCCACCAUCCAGAAGGCCGCAGAGGUGGUGGCCAGCGCCAUGCGCCCCGGGCCCGAGAGUCCCAGUACCCAGAGGCUCCUGCCGUGGGGUGACACCUACCAGCCUGCCAUGAUGCCUUCAGCCAGCCAUGGUCCCCCAACCCUGGGGAACCUACUCCCCGGGGCCAUUCCAGGUCCCCGAGCUGUGAGGCAUCAGCCUGGGCAGGCUGGAGGGGGCUGGGACGAGCUGGACAGCAGCCCCAGCUCUCAGAAUUCCUCCCAGAACAGCGACCUGAGCAGAGUCUCAGACUCGGGCAGUCAUUCCGGCAGCGACAGCCAUUCAGGGGCCAGCCGGGAGCCGGGUGACCUGGCAGAUAGGGUCGAGGUGGUAGCCCUGAGUGACUGUCAGCAAGAGUUGAGCUUGGUGAGGACUGUGACUCGGGGACCACGCGCCUUCCUGAGCCGUGAGGAGGCACAGCACUUCAUCAAAGCGUGUGGACUGCUCAACUGUGAGGCCGUGCUGCAGCUGCUGACCUGCCACCUGCAUGGGACCAGUGAAUGCACGCAGCUGAGGGCGCUGUGUGCCAUCGCCUCCCUGGGGAGCUCCGACCUCCUUCCCCAGGAGCACAUCCUCCUCCGCACCCGGCCGUGGCUGCAGGAGCUCAGCAUGGGCAGCCCGGGACCUGUGACCAACAAGGCCACCAAGAUCCUGAGGCACUUUGAGGCUUCCUGUGGGCAGCUGCCCCCUGCCCGGGACACCUCAGCCGAGCCUGGCCCCACAGCCGCCCUCCCAGGCCCAUCUGACCUGCUGACCGACGCUGUGCCUCUCGCUGGGAGCCAGGUCUUCCUCCAGCCUCUGAGUUCAACCACAGUCUCACCCCGGAGCCCUGCUCCCUCAUCUGAGAUGCCGUCCAGCCCUGUGCCCACCCCACCCCCAGAUGCCUCCCCCAUUCCAGCCCCCGGAGACCCCAGCGAGGCUGAGGCCAGACUGGCAGAAAGCAGGGGGUGGGGACCUGAACGGGCCCCAGGGGGCACGGACAGCCCAAAGAGAGGCCCCAGCAGCUGUGUGUGGAGCCGCGACUCCUUGUUUGCUGGCAUGCAGCUGGUGGCCUGUCCCCGCCUGGUGGGGGCCGGGGCUGCUGCAGGAGAGUCCUUCCCUGAUGCUCCCCGCACCCCCGGAACAUCGUUCCAGAGGACAGCAGCCAAAGAGCCUCCUGGCUCAGAGCCGUCAGCUUUCGCGUUCCUGAACGCCUGACCCGAUGGCCUGGCCCUGGAGUCUUCAGCUUCAGCUGCUGCCUGGGGCGGUCUGUGCUUCCUGAGCAGCCUCAACCGUAGCUGCUACAGUCUCCAGGCAACUUGACUUGAGAGGAGGACCCCAGGGCUACCUCAGUUUCCCCCAUCUCCUCUGCCAGAGGCUCUGGCUAUUUGGACUUGAAUCCCUACAAGGGAUAGGCAGGUGGCAGGGCUUCAGAAAUGUUGAUCUCAGGGCUCCCCGGGGGCAGCCCCUGCCUGUCUUGCCCUCAGACAUGAGGUUUCUUAUGUGACUGCGGAAGCGACUACCAGGUUCUUUAUUUCAUUUUGAUCUCAGCUCCCUCCUUCCCCAGGAGGUCAUGAGCAGCAACAAGCCACCGCCUCCCCUUCCCAUCGGGGUGGGCUAGGUGCUGAGGCUGGGUUUGGUGCACAUGGGUUGAGGGUGUCUUGUCUGGGCUGCCUUGUGCUGUCUGGCCUGAGGCCAUUUCAAGUUUCAGAUCCCCAUGUGAUCCUUCCCUGGCUCUCACCUGCUCCUUUAUGCUGUAAUUGCUUCCUACACACAAAGCCUCUCAUUGGAGCCUCUGGUCCAUCUCAGAAGAACCUUCCGAGAGCGCUGGGGUUUAUGCUUUCUGAAUAAACACUACUGUUUACAUGAA